AUGUCAACGCCGUCUCAGUACAAGCGAAUCGUAUUGAACGAGCGACCAGUUGGGGACAUAGAACCGAAUACGUUCCGCAAAGAGACACCGUCGUUUGACUUGAAGCCAGGAAAUAGCGAGGCUUUGGUUAAGGUGACAUGGCUCUCGCUGGACCCCGCGAUGAGGGGAUACCUUCGCGACGCAAGAAGUUAUCUACCACCAGUGAAAAUCGGCGAGACUAUGCGUGCGAUGGGCUUGGGCGUUGUCGUGCAAGCUGGGUCGAAUAGCAAGUUCAAAGUCGGAGAUAAUGUCUCUGGGGCAUUCGGUUGGACCGAAUUUGCUGUCAUGAAGGACAAGGACUUGACGCCGCUCAAACUUUACCCUGGAAUACAACUGUUGGAUUACCUGAACACGCUAGGCUCCUCUGGUCUUACUGCGUACUUCGGUCUUAAAGAUAUUGGCAAGCUCAAGGCUGGAGAAACCUUGCUCGUUUCUGGAGCAGCAGGCUCUGUCGGUGCCAUCGUUUGCCAACUUGGGAAGCAGAUGGGCGCAAAAGUCUACGCCAUCGCUGGUACACCGGAGAAGUGCGACUGGUUGGUGAAGGAACUCGGGGUUGACGGGGCUUUCAAUUACAAGAGCCCCAAGUUCAGAGAAGAAUUGAAGUCGAUGGGAUACUUGGAUGUCUUCUUUGACAACGUCGGUGGAGACAUUUUGGAUAUUGCUCUGACCCGCUUGAACCAAGGCGCACGUAUUGUUCUUUGCGGUGCGAUUUCAGCGUACAAUGCCGCAAAGCCCAAAGGCAUCUCAAACUAUCUCACCCUCAUCUCUCAACGCGCCACCAUCCAAGGAUUCAUUGUCUUUGAUUACGCAAAACGAUAUCCUGAAGCUAUUGCCGAGUUAUCAAAAGGGCUUGCCAACGGGUCGAUCAAGCGAAAAUUCCACAUAGUGGAAGGCAUCGAGCAGGCUCCUGUUGCCCUCCCCAUGCUUUUCAGCGGUGGCAAUACGGGGAAAUUGGUGGUCAAAGUUGCUGAUGAAUCUGCCAAGCUAUAA